AUGGCUAGUCACGCCAGAAAGCGGCUCAUCCGCGACUUCAGGAAGCUGCAGAGCGACCCUCCUUUUGGAGUCAGCGGCGCACCAGUACAGAAUGACAUCAUGAAGUGGCAUGCGGUGAUCUUCGGCCCCGAGGACACGCCGUGGGAAGGAGGAACCUUUCAACUCGAACUGACUUUCAGCAACGAUUACCCCAACAAACCACCGCACGUGCGCUUCUUAUCCAAACUCUUCCAUCCGAAUGUGUACAACGACGGUAACAUCUGCCUGGACAUCCUGCAGACACAGUGGAGUCCAAUAUACGAUAUUUCUGCCAUCCUCACCUCUAUACAGUCGCUGCUGAGUGAUCCAAACCCCAGCAGUCCGGCAAACCAGGAGGCCGCCCGUCUGUACGCUGAGAACCGUCGAGAGUAUAAUCGACGGGUGCAGCAGUGUGCUGCAGAAUCAUGGAAGACAGCCGAUUCACCCGACGCUGAGGCUCCGCGCUGUGCCUCCACUUCGGCUCCUGCGCCAACGGAAGCGGAGGGCAGCAACACGAUUACCGCCCUUGAAGGAGGGGAGGCCAACAACAGCGAGGCAUCAGUAUUAGCCCCUGUGCCGGAGCACAACGGGAAUGUGAGAGGCUCAGAAGGGGGAGCUGGACAUGGCGAUGCUGCGCACUAG